AUGCUACUCGAGCCAGAUGAUCGCACUCACUUUGACGCCAUCAUCCUCGGCACGGGCUUGGCAGAGAGCAUACUCGCAGCUUCGCUUGCCAAAGCGGGCAAGACAGUCUUUCAUCUCGACUCGAACCGCUACUAUGGCUCCAAAGAUGCUUCACUCUCUCUCGCUGAGCUCACCGGAUGGAUCUCUGCCCGUCAGCAAUCGCCUACCUUGUCCUCUGCCAGCGCGUCAGACUCCACGACCUAUCGUCUUGAUCAUCUGAGCAACGAGAGAAGCAUCUACUCGCAUGUCUCGUCUUGCUUCCCGUCUGUCAAUCAUCCACAAGAGACGUUGAUGAAGGAGUCGCGUUCGUAUGCGUUGUCCCUCUCGCCGUCGCUGUUGCCUGCUUCUUGCGAGUUUGUGACGAGUUUGGUCACUUCCGGCGUGCAUCACUACACCGGCUUCCAACUGCUCGCGGCUUCAUACAGCCACGAGCACAACGACGGACAGACAGCCUGGCGCAAGGUACCCAUGACGAAGCAAGAUGUCUUUGUGGACUCGUCGCUCUCGCUGCCUGACAAGCACAGACUGAUGAAAUUCAUCCGAUACGCAUCACAAGAGAGCACGCUAGACUUGGACGCCUCUGCACAUUUCUCUGAAACGCUAUCGACCCAGUUCGGCCUCAAGCAGUCACUCAUCGAUGGGAUCGCUUGCGCAGCUGCCCUCUCUUCGUCAGGCGCUAGUCAGACCGGUGCAGCACUGCAGAGACUAUCACAAUACCUCUCCGGAGUCGGUCGGUUCGGCACUUCGCCCUUUCUGGUCGGACAAUACGGAGGAGCGGGAGAAGUUGCUCAGGGAUUCUGCAGGCAGGUAGUAUGCGCUGUACAUGGCGGCGUGUACGUCCUCGGUGGCUUCGAAGUCGACGUGGAUGCCCUACGGCCAUCAAUCACGCUUUACUCGAAUGCAGAUGCGACGGGCGAGCAGCAAACGAUCACUGCCGAUCAUCUCUUUGCUGCCCCCAGCUACCUUCCACCAGGCAGCCUGCAAGCAUCUUUACAGCAAGUCAGUCGGUAUGAGCUCUGCGCGAUACUCAUCCUCGAUGCACCUAUUGCCAUCGCACCGGUCGAGUCCGCCGAGCAAGAUGACGAUGAAGCGCCAAAGCAAGACAACCUUCUGUUCGUCUUCCCGCCCUCUACUGCCGAUGGCGAGGCGGCCUCGACAGUGUUCGCUCUGCAAACGACAAGCAGCACUUACGCUUGUCCAGACGGCCGAGCUGUAUUGCAUGUCAUAGCCAUGACGAGCGAGAAGCUCGACGCAAAAGCCUAUCUGACACCUUUCAUUAGGAAGCUCUUGUCAGGAAAAGCCAAUAUCUUGUUCGAGGCCUUCUUCACCCGUGCGCUACCAGACAUACGGCAGGGUGUAGGCAAGCUUCAGCCUGUCUGCUCGAUGACCACCGAAGGGGUGCUCGCACAAUCAUGCCAAGACGCUCUGACGGUCGCGACGCGACUACAUCGCCUCGUUGCCGACUCCCCGCCGUUUGACACUGCAUGA